AUGCCGCAUCCAGGUAGACCUAAGGGUCGUAUGAAUAAAAAGACUCAACAAAUACAUCAAGAAGCAUUAGCAAGAGCACAAGCAGCACAACAACAAGGACAACAAGCCCAUAGAGCAGCUCAACAUAAUCAACAACAUCCUCAUCACCAACAACAACAUCCAUCACGUAACAACUCAGCAAUAAAAGAAGAUGGUGGGAUAACGCUACAUGAUGAAGCUGAUUUAAUAUCAUAUAGAAAUGAUGCAUUAAUUAGAUAUGUUUCAAAUCAUGAAUAUAUUGAAAAUAUAACCGCGAAAGUAAUUCACUCAACCAAAAUCAUUCCACCGACACUAUACCCCAAUUUACCAAAACGGAAUAAAGAAGAUUAUUCAACUCCAAUGAAUCCAGAAGAAAUAUAUUAUGGAGACUUAGAAUAUAUGAAGCACGUAGAUGGAAAUUUAAUAAAAAAUCUAAAAAUUAUGAAAUCAGAUGAUGAUCCAGGUUUUACAAGGUAUCUAUUCAAUUGUCCACAAUAUAAAGUUCAGCAAAAGAGAAAUAGUGAAUUGGAAAAAUUAGAAAGAGAUGUUCAUAAUAAAGAAUCUUUGCACAAGUUAGAAGAAAAGUAUGAUUCAGUGCUAAAAGAAUACAAAUCAAAGUUUGAUAGAGAGUAUGUAAUUUUACCACAUGUUGAACAAUACAGUAUACCUACUUCAAAACUAGAUCCAAAUUUGAAAGUUGAAGAAGCUCCAAAAGAUUAUGAUCCUAGAAAGAUAAUGGAAGAAAGACAGAAGCAACAACAAGAACAAUCACAGAAGAACCAAAGCCAGCAACAACAGCCUCUACCGAACUAUAAUUUAAAUGCACAACCUCAAGAACAAAUUGAAUUUAGUAAUAUGAAUGGAAGUAAUGGAAAAGACAACAUCAAUCAUCAAAACAACAACAAUGGAGUACAUUCAGCAAAUAUCGAGAACAGCGGAGAUUUUUCGUUACCUAUGAAUCAAAUGGGCGAGGAAAAUUCUUUAUUACCAGAAGAUAGCAGAUCCAAUGGCCAAAUCGCACAAUCACAACCGCAACAACAACAACCCAAACCAGUACAAGAAGUAAUAGCCUCAAAUGCUAAUCAAGACAAUGAAGAUGAUGAUGACGUCGACGAUGACAAUUCAAAUGGGGAAGGUGAAGAAGAUGAGGAACACAACCAAAUGGAACAAGAAGAAGAUAUACCACAACAAGAUCAACAAUCACAACAACCACAACAAGAAGAGCCGAAUCAUAAUGCAUUGGCAGAUACAGAUUUGAAUGUCUUAUUUGAUGACAAUCAUCACGACGUUGACGAAGAAAUGAAUGAUAUUAAUGAUGAUGAAAAUAACAAAAACACUGGUGAUAAUAAUAAUAACCCAUUGGGCAUGGACGUUGAUGUUGAUGUAGAUGUUAAUGAUCAUCUGGCUAUAGUGAAUGAUGAUAUUGGUGAAUUAUAUAAUUUUGAUGGUGAUGAUGAUUUAAUGGGAGGAGAUUCAGGAUUUGAACAUGACUUUUUAGAUCAAAUUAAUAAUAUGGAUUAA